AUGAAUAUCCUUCAGCAACUCGCGCAGUUGCUAGAUCGCCCAUUCUUCCCCUGGAAGAAGGUGAUCGUGGGCUUUUCGGUCGGCCAGUUCAUCCUUGAAGGAUUCCUCUCGUUACGACAGUAUGGGAUCCUGCAAAAAACGAAGCCUCCAAAGGUUUUGGAGGAGGAGGUUUCGCAAUCUGUCUUUGAUAAGAGCCAGGCAUAUGGACGGGCAAAGGCCAAAUUCGGUUUCGUGUCGGGUCUCUAUGGCCAAAUCCAGAACCUCGCAAUCAUUUACUACGAUGCCCUGCCAAAACUGUGGGCUGUAACCGGUCUUUUCCUCACCCGCUACAUGCCCGAACGUUUCACCGGAGAAAUAUCUCAUACCUUGGCCUUCGUCUUUACCUUUAACAUCAUCACCACGAUCCUGUCUUUGCCAAUCUCGUAUUACAGCACUUUCGUCAUUGAGGAGAAAUUCGGCUUCAACAAGCAGACUCUCAAACUAUGGGUUACGGAUAUGAUCAAGGGGCAAUUCUUGGGAAUUGUUCUUGGAGUUCCGAUCAUCAGCGCUAUCUUGAAAAUCGUCCAGAAAACUGGCACUAGCUUUUUCUAUUAUCUAUGGCUCUUUGGCAUCUUUGUCCAGCUAUUCGCUAUCACUAUCUACCCAAUUGCCAUUCUGCCGUUGUUCAACAAGCUAACCCCCCUGGAACCCGGAAAACUGAAGGCUGGUGUUGAGGACCUGGCCAAAAAGCUCAAGUUCCCGCUUAAGGAGCUGCAUGUCAUUGAUGGUAGUAAGAGGAGCGCUCACAGCAAUGCCUAUUUCUAUGGGCUUCCAUGGAAGAAGCAUAUUGUCAUUUAUGAUACUCUGAUUGAGAAGAGUGAGCCUGAGGAAGUCGUUGCGGUUCUGGGGCAUGAGUUGGGCCACUGGAGUCUUAACCACACCACUAAGCUUUUUGGAAUUGCACAGUUCCAUAUGUUCUACAUCUUUGCUCUUUUCUCCGCCUUUGUGAACAACAAAUCAUUGUACCAUGACUUCGGAUUUAUCAACGAGAUGCCCAUUAUGAUUGGCUUUAUUCUAUUCUCUGACGCCCUCGCCCCAAUGGACGCCGUGGUUAAACUCCUAAUGAACAUUCUAAGCAGAAAAUUCGAAUUCGAAGCCGAUGCCUUUGCCGUAAACCUUGGAUACUCCACCGAGCUCGCCAAGUCCCUCCUCAAGCUCCAGAUUCAGAACCUUUCCACCAUGGACGCAGACUGGAUGUAUGCCAGCUACCAUUAUUCGCAUCCAAUUCUGACGGAAAGACUUGCAGCCCUCGGCUGGAGUGGAGGAAAGGUGACCGAGGGUAAAUCAGAAGACAGCGAGAAGCCAGUCAAGGCUACGGAUCGGGAGCCGUGA